CGUUUCUAAGAGCCUGUUUUUCGGCAACAGUUUUUUCUGUUGUCCAAAACAAAAAGGAAAACUGGAAAUAGCGCACUUCCCAUGGCAAGUAAGUUUGACGGUUGAACCUCAGCCCCAAGCCCUAAUGUGAACUGUGGAUUAGGCUUAAGGGAAAACCGGAUUCCAUCAUAUCGGGAUUUGUGAUUGGAUUUAAUUUGAGGAAGCAUAUAGAUUAGAGUUUUCAGUUUUCUGCUUCAUUUCAUCGGGCGAAGAGGAGAUAAACUCACCUCCUAUGGCCUCACUUCACUUCCUUCUUCGCCCAUCCUCCAAUCCUAAUCCUAUCGCUUUACCCUCCAGAUCUCUACCGGUUCGAUGUGCCAACGAACGCCAGGCGCUGUUUAGCCGCAUUGCUCCUGUUUACGAUAAUCUGAAUGAUUUAUUUCUACCAUCAUUUUUUGGAUUUGUGUUGUGGAAGUGGGGAUUUGGCAUUUCUACUAUCAGAAAGAGUUGGGUCUGAUGGCAAGGUGAUAGGUUUUGAUUUCUCAAGGAAGCAAUUAUCGGUUGCUUCAUUGCGACAACACUUGCUCUCAAAAGCUUGCUACAAGAACAUUGAGUGGAUUGAGGGCGAUGCAAUUGAGUUGCCCUUUUCUGAUUGUUCUUUCGAUGCCAUUACCAUGGGUUAUGGGCUACGAAAUGUGUUUGAUAGAUGCAAGGCCAUGCAAGAGAUGUUUCGAGUCUUGAAACCAGGUUCUCUUUCUAGAAUGACUCUAUUUUGUUCUUGUGAGAGUGUGGAGAUAAGGGAUUUGGUGAAACUUGUUCUGUUAUUUGAUAAGGUUUGUCUUUUAUUUUUAUGAAAAUUUCAAGGUCAAGGGUAUCCAUCCUUGAUUUCAAUAAAAGCACUAAACCAUUUAUUACAUCAAUUAAGAUAUUGUUGAGAUAAGAGGUUUCAAUUUUGGGAGUAAUUAUGUUUUGAAUUAAAUUAAGAGGUGAAGUUAGUUGCUUUGUAUAACAUUCAUAAGACGUUUUGAUGUUUUUUUUUUUUAAUUCUUUUUUAUGAUUCCUCAUGCACUAGUUGUCAUAAUGAGAUUCAUUUCUUUGAUUGAGUGUUCU